AUCUCCGUCUUGAAUGGAGGGAGGAACUAGCAUUGCUGAAGGUGACUGUGCUCCCAUUUUUAGAUGCAUUCCCACUCCAUACCCAGCGAUUCCUCUUGGGCUGACAUCACUGUGUCUACAGCGCUAUUUAAACUGCAGCAGGGCUGAGCUGGCCCGAGCUGAGGAUCCUGCCUGCAUGUGUUGAGCGCCCUUCAGCUUCAUUCCUAGUAGGUGACACAGAGCAAUAUGCCCCCCAAGAAGGAUGCCCCGGUGAAGCGGCCAGUAGCCCCACCAGCCAAGCCAGCAGCUAAACCCGCUCUGGCAAAACCAGGAGCUCCGGCAGCGAAAGGCAAAGCGCCAGAAGCGGCACCAUCAGUACCAGAGAAGCCCAAAGAGCCUCCAAUUGACCUCUCCAAAGUGGUGAUUGAAUUCACUAAGGAGCAGUUGGAGGAUUACAAGGAGGCCUUUGGGCUCUUUGAUCGGGUCGGCGAUGGCAAAAUCCAGUUGAGCCAGUGUGGGGAUGUGAUGAGGGCCCUGGGCCAGAAUCCCACGAAUGCUGAGAUCAUGAAAGUCCUGGGACACCCCAAGCCUGAUGAGCUGAGUUCUAAACGGGUGGAGUUUGAAGCAUUCCUGCCCAUGUUGCAGACCAUUGCCAAGAACAAAGAUCAAGGCACCUACGAAGACUACGUGGAGGGGCUGCGGGUCUUUGACAAAGAGGGGAACGGCACCGUCAUGGGAGCGGAAUUGCGCCAUGUCCUUGCCACUCUCGGUGAGAAAAUGUCUGAAGAAGAAGUGGACACCCUAUUAUCCGGGCAUGAAGAUGCCAAUGGCUGCAUUAAUUAUGAAGCUUUUGUGAAACACAUCAUGGCAAGCUGAGCUGAUGUCAGCAAAGCUUCUUAAGGUGGUGCUGAACAGCUGUUCUCUUCAGACAAGACUCCUCAAUCCAUCACUCCCUAGCAGAGUCAAUAUCCUUUUUUUUCUACCUUUGCAUAAACGCCGUGUGC